AUGAUUAAAUUUUUCGCAUUCUCUUUCUUCGCCACCGUUCUUGGUCAGAACGACUACUCCGAAGGAACUGACUUCGACCCAUCUGAUGAUGAGUCUCAACGGCCAUUUCAAACCCUCGCAAUUGCUGCCGUUAACCUGACAAAAGGCCUGAUUGAAGGGGGAUAUAACUACAACAAAUGUAGAUUCUGUAAUGGCGUGGAUUACGUAACUUGCAGAAAUUCGGCCAUUGGAAAUUGCGACAAUUAUUCUGACGCUGGCAUUGAUGACCAAAUGGUUUGUGAAAUGAGAUGGGAAAAAGAAAUCGGUGGUAGCUUGAAAUUUUAUUCCGGCUGCGCUUUGAAAUCCUCUUGUCAAGCUCAAGAAAAGCAAAACUUCGUCGGAUCCGUAAAGCUUCGUCAUCAGUGUGCUUCGACAACAACUCUCGAAAGCCCAUUCCGAAAAAGAUUCAGUAGAUCUAUCAAAUGCACCUUCUGCCACAAGAUGGGAGAUUCAUCCUCGAAUACCAUCUAUGGCGAGGAAAUUGCAGUAAAAGCCGAAACUCUCUUCACCGCCCAGGAAUCUUACGCCGACAACAUGGAAACUCGUCUUGCCGCUUGGGCGCUCGAGCAAGAUAAUGCUCCCUGGUAUACAUCUGAAGUUGCAAGCAUUUUCUGA